GCCCAUGUGCUUCUACUUGCGCGUGGUUUAGUUGAUCGUGUGAACGUAGUGUAAACGUGUGCUGGCGCCGUAAAGACAUCUGUUACGUUUGCUCACGCGGAACCUUAAGCUCAGGUGUUGCAAAUGACCGCACAAAACGCAAGGAUGCCUAAGAAAAGAAAACGCAGCGAGACGGCGCAAAAUGAAGAGGUGCCGAGCAAGAAGAACAUGGAUGCGGAGAACGAUCUGGACGGCGGAGAGUCCGACGAUGAUGGAUCCCCAGAAAAAAAGGCAAAGACGGAACCGGAGGAGCCUUUCUGCAUCAAGAAAUUUCUCGCCGUACUCGAUAAAGGAGGCGAUCUGAUGACAGAAUUGCAGAAGUUUGUCGAAGCAGCUGACUCAUUUGCAAGUGGAGAGAGCACAGAAGAUGUCGUGAAACAAUACCUUGAUGCUGCUGAUGGCAACUUCCAAAGCAUUUCAGCACUUCUCUAUGGUGUCAAAACGGGCUCACGUACGCACACACUGGUGUACCAGGCCCUGGAGCGCUUGGUUUCGCGGCUGCCAGAGGACUUCAAACAGUACGUCAACACCGCUUUGGUGUCGGCGCAGCAGAUGCUGCAGAAGUACAAUCGCCUCGUACACAUGUCUCUGUGCCGCACUGCUAAGCCUAACCAUGCGAAGGCUGCUCUUCGCCUGCUUACAGCGAUUGUCACUCUGGGGCCCGAAGGAGCACGUUACGUCACCAGCAUCAUCAACUUUGAGAGUACAAAUUUCAUCAUGUGGAUCAACACCCGAAACCGUAGGGAUGCCGAAGACGUGAGAACCUGUGCAGUAUUUUUCCUCAUGUCGGUUCUUGUCGUUGGAAGCAACUCAGUGGCACGCCAGGUGCUUCAGGUCAAAGGAUUGAUAAACAGCAUAUUUCCUGGUCUACUGUACGACCGCGCAUCAUUCAUAUGCAGCUUUCUGUCAACAUUUCAGGCUAAGGUUGUGGAGACCACCUCUUUUACCAAGACCAUAAAGUUGAAAAUGUUGAAUGACAAGUCCCUGAAGUAUGUCACCCAAUUGCUCAGCUGGGAAGGGCCAAAGCCAUGGUCGAUCCACGGUAAAUGGAACAAGUUUAAGGCCAUACGAGGUACCGAAAAAGAAGAUCCUGAAGCAGUGCUGGAAGCAUCUAAAGAAGAUGUGGAGUUGGUCCAGAGCACUGCGUACAAUUUCCUGACUGCCGUGUGCUGCUCACACAAAUAUGGCAUACUGUUUCGUGACCCUAAAAUGGGACAGUCGAGGCAGAACAUGAACUUUGUGAUCACUUCCAUUUUGCUGAAGAUGGAGCACCCGUACGAGCACGAACGAUGUUCUUCCUUUGUCGUGGAAUUGCUGAAGGUGGCCCCCGAUCAGAUCGGUCACUACCUUCAUGGCUGGAAGCCCAUUUUGACGUUCGCCACAGCUGCCACAGCUGAGAAGCUCAUCAAGCUCUACACUCGAGUUGUGGAAGUUCAAGACCUGGAUUCUACAUUGUGGGCAAUGGCUGAAAAUGUCCCAGAGAAAGUCUGCAGGCUUAUUCUGUAUUUUUCUCUUCUGAGCAUUGCCAAAAGCGUCGCUGAAGCUCGAAGUUUUCAGACGGAGGAGAAUAACGUCCAACUGAGGCUUGCGCACAUGCGUUUUGUGGCCGCGUCGCUACGAAAAGUCCAAAGCGCUCUUCACCAUGCUGAAAGUGCAAAGUCAUCUGUGAGCGCAGGAAUGAAGGCAAAGCUGCGCCGUAUACUGUGCCAGGACGUCUGGAAAAAUGUGCCACCUACAGCAGACCUUGUCAAGGAGUACUGCAAUGUGGUGACAAAAGCUACGUCAAAAGAGCCACAGACCGAAGGCCCAUCUCUGUCUGACUGUUCUGCGUACUGCGCGAGCAUUUUGGAUGUGCUAGACUUGUAUAGACCGUUUUCCCGAGACCACCAUGCCGAGUACGACUGGAAGGUUCUGUGCCAGCUUGCGGGUGUUGAGACGGAUUCACUUGAUACCCAUGCCGAGGACCAGUGCCUGCAACUGAGGGCCAUCGGUCUCGUGCUCGAAGCCUGCCCGGCUUCCGAAGCCCUCAUGACCAGUGAUGCUGAGCAGAAGUCACCGUUCUGCCACCUCCUUGAGCUGUUUGCCCGUCGUAAGGAGGGUGUCAUUGGAAAAUCUGCGGCAUCACUCAUCUCAAAGCUUCUCUGCAACCUGAACGUUUUGGAGGGAUACAGCAUGGAAGUCGACAUCUGGAUGGAGAAAUUCAGGCUGGGACAGUGCUUGAAUUUGGUGCAACUGCUUCUGUCUGCUAUCCAGCUAGUUGUCAAAGAUUCGAACCGCCUGAACUCAGAGGUCAUGCGCAAUGUCAUGUAUCUGACAACUGCAGAUGGUGGACAGUCUGCUAUGGACCUUUGGAGCCUACUCGAACAAAGUUUGGGUACUGCAGAGAAUGCGAAAGGGAUGGAGUCCUUUGGAGUCUGCACAUACUUCAGUCCCCUGGUUCCAGCUGCUAUGGAGUGUAUAAAAGACUCUACCGAUACAGUGCACAAGAGCUACGUCUACGCUGUGAUCAAGGCCAUCUUGCAUCACCAGCAGCGCCCUCUGGUUUUCUGCAACUUCCUGCACAGAAAUUCGAACUCACUUUCAAAGUUACUCCUCAGCUAUGUCUCCAUCUGGUCAUCGAACACUUUGCCAGUGACGAGGCCAAUGAAGGAAGAGGGGGUGAAGGAAUUCUUUUCUGAUUCGGAGCAACAACUGGAGCGCGUCUUUCUAGAUAUUCUCUACGCUCCGCAGCGAGCAAAGAAGAUGGCGUCUUCGACAGUGCGAAGUACUGUAGACCUAACGUCUUGCAGCCUCAAUGAAUGCAGAAGCCUGUUUUACCAAUUGAUGCUCUAUGCACGGAAACUCUUCGAAAUGAAGCAUGUUGCACACGAAUUUUUUGCUCUGCUCCAAGUCCUAAAGGAUGUUUUUGAACGUGCCGUUGAACUGAGGACAGAGAAGGAAGAGCCUGGUGUGUUGCUUGAUGCGCUGCUUCGCGAUGACAUGACCCUCUCUGCUUAUCUCCGCGAUGCACAAGAUUGCCUGUAUCCUCUCGCAUGCAACUACUCAUUCUUCCUACUCGACACCAUCAACCACGUUAUGCAGCACAUGUCUAUCAUACCAAAAGAGUUGCAAGCUUCCCUGUGCUUCGUCAAGGAUAAGUCGCUGAAGAUGAUCUCCACAGGUGCAUUGCCAAGAGAGAUCGACGUCAGCAAGGUGCUGCAGGCCUUCACUUGUGUCUUCAAUGAGUCAGAUAUUCUAGUGCUCCUUCAGGCAGUUGGGCCAGUGCCAUCAAGAUGCAAGAGGAACGUGGGUCCACUGCUCAGGGCUUGGCUUAGCUGCAUUUCUAAAGGAAGUGAACAGGACGCCCCACUACUUUCAGCCGCAGUCAUUCAGAACAUGCUCUCUUCCAUUCUUCAGAGCCAGGACAAUGUGUCCUUGCUGGAAGCUUUCCUGCGAUUCCUCGAGUUCCGGCCUGUCUACGUGUUCGCUUUUAGGCCCGAUGAUCUCAAGCGCCUACUGGAGGACCAGACUUCAGCUGGAAUCGACAUUGUGAACUUUCUGAUGAAGCACAACGUUCAACAUCGGCAAGACCUGCAGCAGCUGAUUCCUGGGUCAUUCAAGCCUAUGGUGUCCCACCUCUCAAUGGCCAGCCUGGCAGGCUUUCUGAGGAGUCUCUGUCUAGGUCUGAGCAGGGAGAAUGCCCCGAAAAAACUCGUUGCGUGGCUUGCCAAAACCUUUCUUGUGCUACCCAAGCGUGCAUGCGCUAUGAAGAAGGGCCUGACACAGCAGGUUCUCGACGACAUGAUGUCGUGCCUGAGCUCGCUGAUGAAGCUUGGCCAACUUGGAAGUGAGAGCGUUACAAAGCUUGUGGAAAUACUAUUGGACAUAUCUGAGCAUCAGCUCCAGUUGGCACUGUUGAACACGCUGUGUCGCAACAUCAGUGAGGAGCUCUUCGACGGCUCUGUCUGCGACUCGUGCCUCCACACUCUGCUCCAGUGCGUAGCCAAUCUGGCAAGCAGUCACACCGACGUCUCUGAGCACGUUCUCCAGCAGUUACGUGAGGUUGUGGCCACCGCAAAAGUUGUUGACGAGAGCAUAUUUGCAAGAGUGGUUCGCCAAGAUGGACUCUGGCCUCAGUUUAUCAAGAACAACUUGAAGGCUGGCUUUCAGUCGCAGUCUUUUGGGCAGACGUCUUUUGAGCUCCUCUCGGUAGUAUGCCAGAAAGUUUACAGUGUGGGGAAUGUUGGCGACAUCAACCCUGCCCUAUGUCGGGUGUACAUGAUGAUGUUCGGCCACUCAAGGUUUCUGCCACUGAUGCUCGACACUGAAGACGAGGUGCAAAAGCAGAAAGACAAGAUGUUAGAGCUUAUGGCUGUCCUGGUUCAGUGUGAUCCCACACUGUGCGAUGUCGAACACAUCCCCGUGUUCCUCAGUGCUUACAGAGCCUCCUUGUCCAUAGUAGACCAGAGGAUCCUGUAUUUGAUGUUUCUUUAUGAGAAGAAUGGAGUGGAUCUCUGCAACUUCAAGCCAUUUUUGUGGGGUCCAUCGGCAGUGUCCUUCUACUCACUGCACAAAAAGGCCUCAGUGAGCCUGCUCAAACAGCCAAAGUCCGAAGAAGUCCUGAAUCUGAUAAAUGAGGACAAAAUGGCUGCUACUGUUCUUCAUUUUCCUUUGCAUCUACAGCUUGAUGUUCUUCCAUUGGACAGUAUUGCUGAUGGUAGCCUUUAUGAUCCAAGGUUCUUGCUGCCCCUUCUUUUCACCCUACUGGCCCCUGAGUCACUGGUCAACUGUCGCCAGAUAGUGGAGACACGCUGCCUGUCCCUCAUACUGAUGUCGUUGAGCAGCGAAGUGUUUGAGGUGCGGUGCCUCGGCUGCAACUUGGUGAUGAUGCUGCACCACCACCUCCAGGGAUCACGCUUCAACAUGAGCACUGUGUGGCUGUCUGUCCUCGAGACUCUGCGCAAUGCAGCCACCGUCACCUGUCCUCAUGUGCCUUGCCUUGUCACCGGCUAUCUGGUGUCAGCCAUCGACGUCAUCAGCAAUCCCGGCCAUUUCAUGUUCAAUGCAGUUGCGGAUUUCUUGCUCGCAAAGCCAGUGCUGGACAUCGAAAAUGUCCCCGACUUCUACAAGAUGUUCUAUAACUACAGAGUAGAGCACUACAUGAAAAGAAAUUGGCACCUUGAAGUGAUGGGGGACUACAUGCGUUGUGGCCUGGACUUCCACAUCUCUAAGAAGCGCUACAUCUUCAACAUCCUUCUCACUUUCUUCAUGUCCCCACUGUGCCAAAAAAACACCAAGGAGCUUAUCCUGAAGCUGCUGAUCGCUGCGGCCAAAAUUCCCAAGGCUGCUCGUAUUCUUUGCCGCGAGCAGGGGUUUAUGAUGUGGUUGCCAGCAGCAUUGGAGAAGAACAGUGGAGAGGAAGGCAUUUCAGAGCUGUUGUUUGAAACGGUCCAUCAUGUGUGGAAGUCCAGCUUUGUGAAAACUGUGAGGGUCAAGGACUUGAAGGCUGCAAAAACAAAGAAACAGGGCAGCUUGUCCAAAGGUGAAGAAGCGUCAGAGGAAAGCGCCGAUGACGAGGAAAAAGAAGAGAAUGCUCCGAAGGAAGAGGACGAGGCUGCGAUCAUCCGCGCAAAGCGCGAGAGUCUCCGCUACUAUGAGUACUUUCCCUACGAGUUCAUCUUGAUGUUGUUCAGCACAAGAAAGUACAUCAUGGGUUGCCAUAAUCUAGAUGCAUUCACCAAGUUCACCGAGGAACUCAGUGACAUGCUGUGCUUUGUGCGUUCGCGAGAAGCCAGUGGAAAGAGCAAGGCUGCGCAGAACUGUUGCCUGCCCAACAGAGACAUUGUGCUCGAACUGCUUAAUCACUGGAGACAGCUUGCAGCCACGAACGGUGCGGACAGCUGUCAGCAGUCAAGCCAAGCCAUUGCCAGCGUGUGUCAUCACUGGCAGCCCGACAACGCGACGCAGCCCCUGGAAUGGCUCGAGGCUCUCGACUUCUCGCUCCAACACGGUGCGGAGAGCGUCAACUUCAAUGAAGACUUACUCACGUGGGCUCUCCAAUGGUUGGAAAGUUCGGGUGGGCCCAAUUGUGCCACUGAACUGGUGAACUUUCAGGGGGGACGGUGCCUAGAAAAGCUUCUGGCGAGGGUCCACUGGUCACUGGGCGAAAUUGUGGCCAGUGGUGAUGCGAGACCCAUUGUGACAUCCGUUGUUCUGCAAAUUACGGACUUGUUGUUUAGCAAAGCUGCAAAGGUGCUGGCCAAGACACAGUGCGACUUGUACAUGAAGCAGAGGGUGCUGCUUAGGGUGGAUGUCUCUUUGCCUGAACUGGACAGGGCCUUGGGAACUUCUGUCUUGUUCAAUGAACUGCUCUUAGGAGUAACGAAAACUGAGUGAACUGUACAUAGACUGUGCUUCUGCAAGAUGGGUAUCAACUGUAAUAAACUCAUGUUUUUAUACACUAAGUCAA